AUGGUACAAGUGUUUUUUGUUGGCGCCACGGGCCAUAUUGGCGGUGCUGUCUUGGACCAGCUUCUCCAGAAGAACCCAGAUGUGGCAGUAAAGGCUCUCGUCCGCGACGAGCAAAAGGCCUCACGACUUGCCGCAAAGUACCCAAGAGUGCAGACGGUCAUCGGCGACACCAAGAAUGUUGACGUUCUUGAUUCAGUCAGCCGAGAGGCCGACAUUGUGAUCAAUACGUCACCAGAUAUCACUCACGACGACGGCAUCAAUGCCAUUCUGGGAAGCUUGAAGAGCCGCAACGGACUCAAGUCAUACUAUAUCCACACCUCGGGCGCGUCACUUAUCUGGGACGAGCCUGCGGGAUCGAAGGACGCUCGAUGGUGGGACGACAUCAAGGAUGUCAAGGAUAUCAUUGCCUUGAAGGGAGAGGCCUUCACACACGCUGUGACUGAUAAAAUCGUUCGGGAUGCUGCUAGCGAUGUCAACGUCGCUAUCGUUUCUCCUGGUUUUGUUGGUGGCAUGAGCCCAUCCAUCGAGCACCCAACCCCUAUCACAACACCGGCCUUGUUCCUGACGGCCCGCGCCUUCAAGUCUGGCUGGCAGAUUGCCCAAGGAGAGAAUACGCAUGCUUGGAUCCAUGUUGCAGAUCUUGCACGCAUGUACCUGCUGCUCGUGAACGACGCGAUCGAUAACUUGACGGGGCAAACCUCCGUUGCAGCGCCGUUCGACAUCUGGGGCCCCGAAGCGUACUAUUUUGGUACAGGAGAAGACAUCUCCUUUGCAAAGUUCAUGGCACACCUUGCUCCUGUCUUGAAGGACACUGGCGUGAUCAAGAACACCGAGAUCAAGUCGGUCAGCGUAACCGAGGCCGCGCGAGCAAGCAUUGCGGGAGAGGAUUACGACCCGGACGCGCCGCCGCCAGCGCUAGAUAGUUGGGCCAUGCACAUUGCCAUCAUGUAUGGCAUCAACAUGAGACUCGGCGCGUCCAGAAUGCAGAAGUUAGGGUGGAAGCCAGAGAGAGGGUCUGUGAUUGAAACCUUCGCAGAGGUCGUCAGCGAAUACCUGCAACUCGAGAAAGCCAAGGAGAACUAA